AGGGCAUUUCAGCUAGCUUGGCCAGUGGUCACUACUUGAAAGUCUAAGAGGCUGUCAGGGAGAGGAUCACGUUGCUAAGAGAGUCAAUGAAACUGACAUAGGCGCCUACAGCAAAGGAAAGGGGAAAGACUGGGGAAGAGGAGGAGGAGGAGGAGGAGAGAGUGAGAGUGAGAGUGAGAGUGAGAGAGAGAGAGAGAGAGAGAGAGAGAGAGAGAGAGAGAGAGAGAGAGAGAGAAAGUGAGCUACUGCUGUCAUCAGUGCUCAGCACAAGCAGCAACUCUGAUACUCAGGAGCAACAGCAGCUGCUGCAGCAGUGAACAGUGAACAGUUGCCUCCGCCCCAUCCCCAAGCCUAGAUCCCACCAGUACACUCAAAGCCUUGGUCUUGCUGGCUCUUGCUGUGCUCCUGUGCCACAGGAUGGAAGAUUCCCAGGACACAUCGCCUUCUUCCAACAACUCUUCAGAGGAGCUCAGCUCUGCCCUGCAGCUGUCGAAGGGCAUGUCUAUCUUCCUCGAUAUACUGAGAAGAGCAGACAAAAAUGAUGAUGGGAAGUUGUCCUUCGAAGAAUUCAAAGCCUAUUUUGCAGAUGGUGUUCUAAGUGGGGAAGAAUUGCAUGAGCUCUUCCAUACCAUUGAUACACAUAAUACCAACAAUCUCGACACAGAAGAACUAUGUGAAUAUUUUUCUCAGCACCUUGGAGAAUAUGAGAAUGUUCUGGCAGCCCUAGAAGACCUAAAUCUCUCCAUCUUAAAGGCGAUGGGCAAAACAAAGAAAGAUUACCAAGAGGCCUCCAACUUGGAACAGUUUGUAACUAGGUUUUUGUUGAAGGAGACCUUGAACCAGCUGCAGUCUCUGCAGAAUUCCCUGGAAUGUGCCAUGGAGACCACAGAGGAACAAACUCGCCAAGAGAGGCAAGGCCCAACCAAACCAGAAGUCCUAUCAAUUCCAUGGCCUGGCAAACGAUCUAAUCGCAGAAUCCAGAGACACAGUAGCUUCUCUCCCAAUAGUCCUCAGUUUCAUACAGGUGGUCCAGGCCUGUUGGAGGAAGACAAUCAGUGGAUGACCCAGAUAAACAGACUCCAGAAACUAAUUGAUCGGCUGGAGAAGAAGGACCUAAAGCUUGAACCUCUGGAGGAAGAAAUUUAUGAAGGAAACACUAAAUCACACAUCCUCCUUGUUCAGCGUCAGAUGUCUGUGGUAGAAGAAGACUUGGAAGAAUUCCACCUGGCUCUGAAACAGUAUGUGGAAAGUGCUUCCUCCCAGAGUGGGUGCCUACAUGUUUCCAUUCAGAAGCUUUCAAAUGAAUCCCGCUUUAUAGUUUAUGAGUUCUGGGAGAAUAGCAGCGUGUGGAAUAGCCACCUUCAGAUGAAUUACAGCAAGGCAUUCCAAAGGAGCAAUGUGGAUUUCUUGGAAACUCCAGAACUCUUAUCUACUAUGCUAGUUCCUGCUUCAUGGUGGGUGCUGAACAACAACUAGAUGCCUUCAUUGUUCCAAACAAACAAUGAAGCUUUCAUUUAACAAGCAUUACUUGUUGAUAUUAAUCUACUCUAUAUUUGAAUUCAAUGUUCUCUUUAACAUGUACAUUUUUCUAACCUGUGAGUUCUAGUCCUUCCUUAUCUGUGCAAAUUUUAGCUAAAAUUUAAAAACUUAAUUCCUUUGUUAACUAUUUUAAUGAUAAUUAUGUUGCUUAUAUACUAUCCUAAAACAAUAUAUGGUUUUCAAAAGUAUGGUACUUUUAAAAGGUAUAGAUAUAAAAAAUUCUUACCAGAAACAAAAUUAUGAAUAUAUUACAGAACAUUAAAGAGAAUUUUAAGAGGAAUUAUUUUACUUCUUCAUUAGACAAAUUCUCUUUUGGUCAUAUAUCCUUAAAAUGUUUAAUCGUGGUACUUGUGAACCUGGAUCUUUUGAAUUUCUUUGUGAAUGGUUUAUUUUGUAUUGUACUGAUUUUCCACUCCUAUCCCAAGGAUACUGGCACCAAAAUUUGUGUACUUAUGUCAUAUUAAGUAAGUUAAUAUAAACCAUAAAAUAGAUUUUGAUGUAAUCUGUUUGUCCAUUUUUAAAUUAUGAGCCAGAUCUUCCUAAGGUUUAAAAAAACAAUUCUUUGAGAAGUUAAGAGUACAAUUUGGUAAGGAACUUUUAAGGUACUAUGAGUACUUCAUGAAUAAUAUGAGUAAUUUUAUUGUUUUAGGGUUAAUGUAGCUUCCAAGUGAAGAGUAUUUGGCACAAUCCUGCUUACAAAUUAGGCACAUUUGGAUCCAGGGAAUAGUUUAUGCUUUAGGAUGAUCUGGCUCAAAAUAAUACUGUGUUUGAUUAUAGCAUGUAACUAACUAGUGGGAUGGUAUUCUAAUGUGAAGAAAAAACAUUUUAAAUUUCAGCUGACAUAAAAAUGCUUUAAACACUGAAUAUUAACCUAAGAAAAUAAACUAAUAAUGUGAAAUACAAAAAAAGCUGAGUGAAAUGGGAGAGUAUCAGUCAAUGGGGAAACCAUCUAAUAUGAUGAUUUAAACUUAACGACAAAUCUCCUGUCUUCAGCAAUGUAAUCUCUAUAUUCCUUAAAAUGUAUAUCCCAUUCUUUGAAAGCUCAUAAAAUGUUAAAUAACCACUUUUAUAACCAAAACUCAUCACACAUAAAAUUGUUUAAAAAAUAUGCCCCUUUUUAGGAUUCUUUUUGACUUGUUAGUCUUUGGGGAAAGUAAUUUAAAGUGAAAAAUUUCAAUGAUCUUUUCAUCCUUAUAUGAUUGAAAAAAGCUAAAUCUAAAAACUACUUUUUAAAGACUAUAAAAUUAUAGAUAACAGAAACACUCUGAAAUAUAAUCAUAACUCUGAAACACCCACAGAGUCUUGUGUGUCCCCAUCAAUACUCAUCUAGCCUAAAUUAAAUUCAUUUUUGAGAUAUUUUAGAAUUUCCCCAAGGUAUAAAGGCAGUCUAUUUUGAUUGUUAGAUGGAUUAGGUCUGUAAAAUACUUGUCUUGGCCAAUUCUAUUAAAGACAAACAUUACAAAAUAAUAACUCUCUCAACUCUUUUAAUUUAUAUACAAAGCAAAGCGCAACAUUACUGGAGAUGUACAAUGAUUAUUUAAACAUGCUAUACAUAUGUACAAAGGCAAAGAGACAGAAUAUAAAAAGUCUUUGCAGUCUUAUUGUGAAUAUUUACAGUAACAAAGGAUCAACUGACUUUGAAAACCUAUCAGAAUUUUAUCACCGUAACAAAACUCAGUGCACAAUUUCUGUUUAAUCUUCCCUCGAAAAAAGUUGGUUUCAAAUGGCUGGGAUAAAAUGCAGCCCCAAAAUAGGUGCUGAGUAAUAUAUAAGGGCUAGCCAUUGCUCCAGCUGGUCCUUUUCAUUAUCAGAUUCAGGUACCACAUCAAGUCUUUUAAUACGGUGUAGUCUUCAAUGUCUGGCCCAUGGUAGCACGACAUUAUAAGCAUUCUGCCCAUAGCAAUGGUUUAUCCAAGAGAUAUUCAGCAUAAGGGCUUACUAGAUUCCAAAAAUACAUAAAAUUAGGUUCUAUAUCUUUUUAUAAUUAGCAAUAAAGGGCCUCAUAAGAAAAGGCAAUUUAAGGUGUUAGAGAAUUUAAUCACAUAUGACAAUUCUGAUUGCAAUGAAACUAUUAUAUAGAUAGAAGGAAUUAGCAAAGUAAAAAGCUGUUGUUUUAAAAGAGUACUAUAUAUAACAGCUCAUCAUAAAAAUAUGGCUUUAGAUUUUAAAUGAAUGCCUUCUCAGCACUUCAGAAGGAACCUUUUCCUGGAGAGAGUAGGUGAGUAAGGGAUUGAAGUUUGAAGACUUUGGUAUAAAAACUAGGAUCUCAGGAAAAUGGCUCUAAGAGCUGAAGAGAAGAGGAAUAUGCUGAAUCAAAUUAAAAACCUUUUGUCAGAAUGAAAUUCUUUCUACCAACUGAGAUCCCUUUAAUGGAGGUGAGAGAUUGACACUUACCUUUACAACACCAUUUUUACCCUUUGCCAAAUAACAGUUUGCUCCUGGUGCAGAAAGCCACUCUUUCCUGUUCCUUUGACCCAUCCCAGGAAAAAUGAACAAAAAAUGUUCGCUAUUUUCUCUCUCGGUGGGAAAAGGGAGGUGAAGGGGGCGGGGGGGGGGAACAAUCCAGAUGAACCUCCUCAAAAUAAUGGUUCUAUAACUGGUAAGUGGCUUUUUGACCUUGAGCUGGAAAAAUGCUUUCCAGUAAUAUUUGGGGUGGCCUUUUCAUUACAGAAGAUUCAUAGUAUAAAAAAGUUUAAUUUUAGGAAUUUUACUUAUUAAAUGCUUCAUCCAAAUACUUUCUUGACAUUAUAAGGAAAUUAGAGUUGAAUAAAGCGUUGAAGCUUAAUGCAUGUGCAACCAUACAAAUCCCUAACAUUUUCUUGUUUGGUUAUGAAAUAGUCCUGUUUAUAAAAACUCUGAACUAUUUUUCAUAUAGUCUUAUCUAUAAUAUAAGUAGUAUUUUUUUCAGCUCCAUAGUUCCAUUUGAUAUCACUAAUACAGCUUCUAAUUAGUCUGUCUCUGCUAAUAAUUUUAGGACUGCCAAGACAAUGUUUACUGUCCAACAACCUAAUGACCAAUUGGUUGGAAGUGGCUAUAAGAAAUUCUCCUCUUUGUCUUUGAGAACCACACCAUUAAAUUUGUUCAAUCAAAUUAUGGCUUUGAGGAGACUGCAAAAGAUCUUUUCAAGUGUUGGUAUAAAGUUACUGGAAACAAGAAUAAAAGCAACUUUAAAGGCAACAAAAGAUUAUGUACUAUAUACAUAAUAUAGUAGCAAAUAUUUUAUAUUUGAGAAUCGUUACAGCUUGCAUUUCCAUUCCAUUAUUACAAAUGAUGAAAAACAAAAAAAAUUGCAAGUAACGUGCAAAUUAUAAAUACUGGGUCUUCCCACAAAACUAAGUCAAUUUCUACUUUCCAGUGUUAUUUCCCAAAUUAUGCAGUUGCUUGCCUGCAAAAGCUGAAGCUGAUUAGAAAGAAAGUUCUUUAUAAUUUAAAAUAAUCUUACUCAUUUUAGGGAAAAACCAAAUAGUCAACCAUUGAAAUGAAAAAUAAAUUGGAUUGUCACAGUCCAUCGCAGUUAUUGUUACUAGAUCCACUUCAUUUUUAGGUGUCCAAAAUAUAAAAUGAACGAUUCUUUAUCUUCAAAAUCAUCUGUUCUUAUAAAUGCUACUUAAAACUUUGGUUGUUUUCCUGAAACACAAAAGAAAGUUCUCAAUAAAUAAAACCUAUAUUAACA